CUGGAAACUGGAAUUCUGUAGCUUAAUUGUAUCCAAAAGAUCCUUCUAAUACCAUGUUAUUAACAGUAAUUGAAUGCCAUGCUUAAGAUUCGUGAGUCAUAGGGUGCAAAGCGUGCAGAAAUAGGCAUUGCAUUUUUUUCCUUCCCUCUUCUUAUGUUUAGAUUGGAUGAGAGCACAGGCAGCUGAUAGCGGGUGGUUGUUUUGUUUUGAUGAUGGAAAGAUCAGGGCAUGGUGUGGAGAGGGGAAACAGCACAACAGCAAUGUCUGUCAUUUCAUAACCCGUGAGAACACCAUUACUGUCACGACUCGUACCAUCGCGGUGGUCUGGAAAUUGCUAUACACAAAUAAUAUAUACUAUAUACUACAUUGCUAUAUACUAAUUAUGAGGCUUGCUGCAUCUCUUCAUGUAUAAGGCCUUCGCUCACUUUGUAUAUAUAUACAUAAUAUAUAUAUAUAUAUAUAUAAAAUAUUCUUGUAUGUGUAUUUUCCAGGAGACUGAUUCGGUGUUAUAUAAACUACCUUUGUUUUUCUCAAGCUGUCCUUGUGACUAGGCUGUGUGUUGGUGGUGUUCUGGAGUGAGGGAAGGCAAUAUCAUCCCCACCCUCUGGAUACAUUAUUCAUUUUGCACAGGCAACCAUUUCCUUCAUUGUCCACUAUCUGCUUACUGCCUACACUGAUCAUAGUUUUUAUUAUGUUUUGUUGAAUUUGCUGACUUCAAGCAUGCAUGAUCACAAACGUGGAGGCUCGGCCUCGCCGAUCUAAUCUAUUCCUAAGGAACAACACGUUUUUGCGUGCCAUUUGGUUUGGCUCAGAAGUUUACCUUCAUUUAACCACAGACAAACGAAAGACCUUGUCCAAAUUUUUUUGUAUGAAACCUGAUUGCAGCAUGCAUUUUUGUCAGUGUUUGUCUGUGGACUCCAGACCUCUCUUGUUUUGAAAAGCCUCCUGCAGUGACACUGAGGGAGACCCUGGACUUCUGUCAAAGAAGCUCUUUCACUGAGAACCCUCUCCCUCUCUUCCACGCUCAAAGCAGUGGAAAUAAUAAACCGGAGAAGAAGAAAUUCAAUGAGGCCACUUGGUUGCAUCAAAGCUUCUGCUAGUUGCACAACCACCCCCACUUUUACACAACCUGUUCAAAUGGUCGAUUGAGGAUUUUCUGUGAAACUACUUAUAUGACUGUUUCUCUGCAUGCAUUUAUUACUAGCAUGGAUGAGUACAAGUACGUGUUUUUGGUACUUGUUUGAAAAAGAUACUUCUACCGAAAUGAAUGUCUUGUAUACUGUCACUCCAAAAUGCUAUGAUCAAACAGUAUUAUUUAUAGCGAGCACGAGUGCACCGAUUUUUUAGCAGGUACAGCAGUACCAGUGAACAUGGUCAUUAAAAAUGUGUGCAAGGUGCUUUGAGUCACAAGCAAAUUGUAGAGCCCGGGGAAAGGAAUUGUUCAUGUCUCAGUGCUCAAUGCUCACAGAAGUAAAGUGCUAUCAUGCGUGACAUUUCCUCUUGGUACAUUAAUACCUGGUACCAUCUUAAGUUUUGAUGCAUCACUAAUUCUAACCAUAACGAGUUUCUUAACUGAAACCAAACCCCACUGUUGGUUUUUUAAAAAAAAAUAUAAAUACGAAGACACACAUCACAACUUGCUGAGAAGAAUGCCUGAGCACUCGAGUUUUAUAUAUGACAACAAGAAACAGUGUGGGAAACUAGUGAAACUAGAAAUGCACUCAAUCUGAAAAAAUGGCAUGAAUUCCUUAUAUUCGGGUCAGGAGAACUUGUUAUACACCAUUUAUACGUGGACAUUCUUUGUGUACGGCAGUUUAGCAGAAGAGGAGGUGAAAACCGAAUCAGAUGCGAUUGAAGGGAUGGAGAUUGCCACACGAUCCAAAGUGUCUGAUCCAGGGUCAGUGGAGCGUACUGCCCCAAAGCGCAAAGCACCUAGCCCGCCACAUUCAUCCAAUGGACACUCACCUUCAGAAGCUUCUCCUAGCCCUGUCAAAAAGAAGAAGAAACCAGGAGCCGUCAACAGCAGCAAAGAUCAGUCCGAACUAAGACAUGGUCCCUUUUACUAUGUGAAGCAGCCCGCACUCACCACAGACCCUGUUGAUGUUGUACCGCAGGACGGCAGGAACGACUUCUAUUGCUGGGUGUGCCACCGCGAGGGCCAGGUGCUCUGCUGUGAGCUCUGCCCACGCGUCUACCAUGCCAAGUGUCUCAAACUGGCUGCUGAGCCGGAAGGCGACUGGUUCUGUCCUGAGUGUGAGAAAAUAACCGUCGCAGAGUGCAUUGAGACCCAGAGCAAGGCGAUGACCAUGCUCACACUGGACCAGCUGUCUUACCUUCUCAAGUUUGCCCUCCAGAAGAUGAAACAGCCGGGUACAGAACCGUUUCAGAAGCCAGUAUGUCUUGAUCAACAUCCUGAUUAUGCAGAGUAUAUUUUUCAUCCCAUGGAUCUCUGUACAUUAGAAAAGAAUAUCAAAAAGAAAAUGUAUGGCUCGACUGAAGCAUUCCUGGCUGAUGUGAAGUGGAUUUUGCACAACUGCAUUAUUUACAACGGAGGAAACCAUAAGCUCACCACAACAGCUAAAGUUAUCAUAAAGAUCUGUGAACAUGAAAUGAAUGAAAUUGAGGUCUGUCCAGAAUGCUAUCUUUCAGCCUGCCAGAAGAGGGACAACUGGUUUUGUGAGCCGUGUAGUAACCCUCAUCCCCUAGUCUGGGCCAAACUUAAGGGUUUUCCAUUCUGGCCUGCCAAAGCUCUACGAGACAAAGAUGGGCAAGUAGAUGCACGAUUCUUUGGACAACAUGACCGGGCCUGGGUACCAAUCAAUAACUGCUACCUCAUGUCUAAAGAGAUUCCUUUCUCCGUGAAGAAGACCAAAAGCAUCUUCAACAGCGCCAUGCAGGAGAUGGAGGUCUAUGUGGAGAACAUUCGGAAAAAAUUUGCCGUCUUCAAUUACGCCCCCUUCCGCACACCCUACACGCCCGACAACCAGUUCCAAAUGCUGCUCGACCCAGCGAACCCUGGCGCUGGCUCAGUCAAACCUGAAAAACAGGAGAAGAUCAAGCUCAGCUUUGAUAUGACAGCAUCACACGUAGGCAAGGGCAUGGUAUCGUCCGGCAUGGGUGGCGGAGGGACUACUGGUAGGCGGAUCACUGUGCCGGACAUACCGCGAUCACCAAUGAGCACUAACUCUUCUGCCCAUACCGGCUCUGAUGGUGAGCAGGAGGGCGGAGAAAAGAGCCAGACCAGAGCGCUUCUGCAACACCACAGCACAGGAGAAGAUUCACUAGAUAGCACAGCCUCCCCUGCUGCUCCGCGAGCCGGGCCUGCAGGCAGCGCCAUGGACAGCCCCAAACCAUUCCACUGUACAGUCCCAAACACACCCAUUAAACAAGAGAAGACCCCCACUACAGGCAGCAUCUUAAACCUUAACCUCGACCGUAGCAAGGCUGAGAUGGACCUAAAGGAGCUGAGCGAGACCGUACAGCAGCAGCAGGGUGCUCAGGCCUCACUCACUUCUCCCAAAAGACAGAUCAGGAGCCGGUUCCAGCUCAACCUCGACAAGACCAUUGAGAGCUGCAAAGCCCAACUGGGUAUAGACGAAAUAUCAGAGGAUGUGUACAAAGAUGAGGAGCACAGCGACUCGGACGACUCUGACAAGUCUGACUCCAGCGACAGCGAGUACGCCAGUGACAACGAUCAAAAACCAAAGAGCGCCAAGGACUCCGCUGCUGAAAAUGAAAAAACAGAGAAAGAGCUAUCGAAAAAGAAACCCAAACCAACAUCCCCUGUUGGCGAAGACAAGGACAGUAGCACAGACUCAUCUGGUACAUCUAGUUCACUGACUAAAGGUGAGAAAGUAGGAAGUGGUGUCUCUCAAGCAAAAGAAAAGCCAGUUGUCGAGUUGGACAAAGAAGUGCCCAAAGCAGCACCGGCGUCUCCGGGUACAAGAGAGAAGUCCAAGGUAACAGAAGAAGCCAGGCAGCCUGUGUCUGUCGACGUAGACAUGGAUUCAGACUCGGAGCGAGAGCUAGUGAUUGAUUUGGGAGAAGAACCUGGAGGGAGAGAGAGGAAGAGGCGUAGGAAAGACUCAGCCGCUGUCACCGCACUCAAAGAGCCCGCAGCCUCCAAGACAGAGGCUAAAGGACCUCCAGCAGGAAGUCUCGCACCAUCACAAACUCCUUCAACACCCUCUUCCACACCAGGCCUCAAAGACCCUUCUCAGUCUCCCAUGGCAGUCCCUCUAAAUGUAGUCACCAUCCCCGCUGUCCCUAGCAGUACCACCCUCGUCUCUUCUUCCCUGCCUAACACCGCUCUACCAACAGCCCUGCCUUCCUCCACCCCCACCAGCACGGUGAAGAAACAGCGCCCCCUGCUGCCCCGUGAGAGUGUGCCGGUGGUAGAGCGAGCCGUCGUGUGGAACCCCGGGACCAAGUUUCAGACGUCCUCUCAGAAGUGGCACAUGCAGAAGGUGCAGCGGCAGCAGCAGAGCCACACACAGCCUCACAGCCAGGCACAGACGUUAUCACAAGCACAGCAGGCAUCGUCUUCACCGUCUUCAUCCAGCACUCGAUAUCAGACACGACAGGCUGUUAAGGCUGUGCAGCAGAAAGAUUCCCCACACAGCACGUCGACCUCGGCUGUCACGCUGGUCACCAGCACCCCUGUGUCUGCAGCCAUAAUGGCAGGUGUCACGGUUAGCUCUUCCUCCUCAUCCUCAUCAUCCUCCAUGGCUGGAGAUCUACAAAUCCCCACCACCUCUGCUGACGUGGCAGCUGACAUUGCAAAAUAUACCAACAAAAUCAUGGAUGCAAUCAAGGGGACAAUGACGGAAAUAUACAAUGACCUCUCCAAGAGCACCUCAGGAAACACAAUAGCUGAAAUCAGGCGGUUACGGAUUGAAAUCGAAAAGCUGCAGUGGCUCCAUCAACAGGAAUUAUCAGAGAUGAAGCACAAUUUAGAGCUGACCAUGGCGGAGAUGCGGCAGAGUCUGGAGCAGGAGCGGGAACGGUUGGUCGCAGAAGUGAAGAAGCAAAUGGAGAUGGAGAAACAGCAGGCAGUCGAUGAGACCAAGAAGAAGCAGUGGUGUGCCAACUGCAAGAAAGAGGCCAUUUUCUAUUGCUGCUGGAACACAAGCUACUGUGAUUACCCCUGCCAACAAGCACACUGGCCAGAACACAUGAAGUCCUGCACGCAGUCUGCAACAUCGUCACAGCAAGAGCCAGACACUGAAUCAAACACAGACGGCAUUUCUAAGGUUUCUGGCCAUCCCAACAACGGUCAGGACUCGCCUCGAGAGACUGCAGGAGCUCCUCCUACAGACAAGGACAGCGAUGUGGACAAAUCAAAGGACAGUGUCACCGUCAGUGUGUCCUAGCUCAUAGACAUUCCAGCUACUGCACUUAUAACUGCACAUAUGUACAAAACAUAGUCAAGUUCUGUCACUACAAACAAAAAUACUUUUCAUGUUGUUGUCUUGCCAGGAUCUGUGUUUAACACUUUGGGAGGCUGAUUUAUGUAUUUGCAUCAAUAAUAGUUCCAUGUUCUGAUCUCAGUUGGAUACAGCAUUAAAGACACAACCAGACCUCUUUAGUGACUUACUUUUGUUAAAAACAUUUUUUUUAAUACACAGUUCUUACUCAAAGUCCGUUUUUUUCUGAUUGGCUUAUUAACAUGAUUACAGUGAAUUAUAUUUACACAAAGCAGUGGUCUUUUAGCGCUCAGUCCAUGUUUUUUGUACAAUUAUUCAAAUCCUAUUUGGUCCUCUCACCAGCUAGAGCGGAGUUAUGAAGAUAUAAACACGUUAAUGAGCUGAAUGUAUCUGGGUAAAUAUGGUUUAAGUGUCAUAACUGAAACACCCUCUGGAUGUGGCUGAUAUAUGUAAAAUGAUAAAGUGAUGUUCACGGCUCAUUCUGAAGAGGCGGUCAUGUGUUACAUUUUUAUUGCAGGUUGUCUAUUUCUUAUUAAAUAUAUAUAUA